AACACAAUGGACCGAUCCAUUGUGUGACUGUGCAAACAGUACGCUGAGUGAACCAACUUUCGAAGCAUUCUUAGGGUGGAUAGUGGUCGGACGCCUCUUUACCCAGUCUAUGGAUCCAUCCGUACAUCCUAUACUUGGGGCUACCGGAGCCACUUUAGGUGUCAUGGCUUUGAUCUUGGUCCUUUUCCUGAUGAUGCUGUGCAUACCAUGGUCGAAAUGUCGCGCGGGCAGGCGCCGGACCGAAAACGCACGAGCUCUCCAGGACGAUGAUCCUUUUGGACUUGAAGCCUUUAAUGGAGGAUACCCUUUGACGCUCGUCGACCUUUUCCCUCCAUCAAUGCUACCAAAGCUACCAAACUAUCAAGAAUGUGUUCAAGAUGGUGGACCACCACCGCCAGUAAGUGACGACUCUGCCAGUCUUGCGGUUCCGCCACCAAAUCCUUUCCGGAAUGAACGUGGUCGAACCAUUACAUCAGUUGAGUUGGUUAAUGGAGCGAUUGCUGUUGAGUUUCCCCGUGACGAGUAUUCGGACACACUCGAGGAUCCUGAUAACUUCCCCUCUACCCCACCUCCAUCAUAUUCCACCUUAACUUCCGCAAGAUCAUCACUCCGUCGGUUUUUUCGCAGAGGAUCUACGCUAACGCAACGCAGUGAGCCACACACUUUUGCAAAUUCACCUGUUACGCGAAAUUCAGCCCAGUCCUCAACUCGUCAAGCUCUUCCCAACGAAACCACACGGACUCAAAGUUGUGAACGAAACACCCACGAAGCCCCACCCUCCAAAUGA